UCGAUGAGCAGCGGCGGCGGCGGCGACGACGCGGGGGACGGCGGGCGGGCCGAGUGGCAGCGCAUCUACGACCGGGUCGGGGCGCUCGCCGCCGGCCGCGCGCGGCUGGAGGCGCGCAACAGGAUCCAGCACGAGUUCUGGGACGCCCGCCUCCACCAGGCGGAGCUGAGCAGAAGCAGGUGGGAGGUGGCCUGCAGGGAGCUGCUCCCUUCCGAUGAUCCCAAGCUCGCCGAACUGCUAGAGAGUGAUUUGGAGGAUUCAAGAACUUGUGAAGCUCUUUUGGACACCGAAAACUCAGAACUGCUGGUACAACUGAGGGAAGAUGGAGCUUGUGUAGAGCUUAAUGAAAACACUGCAGAUCAUGAGCACACUUCUGGAGAUUUAAUAUCAGAGGUAAGAAAGUUAAAGCGAACCUAUGCGACCAUAUGCUGGAACAAGGAUAAGGAAGCCACUGAAGCAGUGCAGAAGCUUCAACAGAAGAUAGAGGAGCUGCAAGUGGCAGCCUGUAAGAAGGAUGAUGAGAUUGGAAUAUUGCAAGCAGAAGCUUCUGCUUGUAUAAAUAAGUUAAUGCUUCUAAAGGGUAAACUAGAUGAAAUGCGAUCUUUGGAUAAGGACAUUGACAUCCAAAAGCUCAAAGUUGGGCAACAUGAGACUCUUGAAAGCAAGUUUGCCUCCUUGCCAAAUAUACAAUCCAAGGAAGCUGGAAAUAUUGUAGAUAUUAUUCAAAAGAAUGCGGAUCAUGGGGCCAUCACGGCGGAGCUCAGAAAACUGAAGCAAGCUUAUGAGACCCUGAGCUCAAACAAGGAUAAGGAAAUUUCUAAAUUACUUGAAAUGAAGGAUUUUCUUUUGAACCAACUGAUGAGAAUGGACAAGGACAAUGCUGAGCUCCUUCAGAAAAAGGAAGUGGAGGCAGCACAAGCUAACGAAGCAGCACAAAAGCUUCAGCAGAAUGUAGAGGAGCUGCAAGUGUCAGUCCGAUAUAAGGAUGAUGAGAUUGGCAGAUUGCGAGCAGAAGCAGGGCCCCUCAAGAUAAAGGAAGUGGAGGUGGCACAAGCUAAUGAAGCAGCACAAAAGCUUCAGCAGAAUGUAGAGGAGCUGCAAGUGUCAGUCCGAUAUAAGGAUGACGAGAUUGGCAGAUUGCGAGCAGAAGCAGGGCCCCUAAAGAUGAAGGAAGUGGAGGUGGCACAAGCUAACAAAGCAGCACAAAAGCUUCAGCAGAAUGUAGAGGAGCUGCAAGCGGCAGUCCGAAAUAAAGAUGACGAGAUUGGGAAAUUGCGAGCAGAAGUGGAGUACCUUCAGCAGAAUGUAGAGGAACUGCAAGUGGCAGUUCGAAAUAAGGAUAAUAAGAUUGGCAGAUUGCAAGCAGAAGUGAGGAUCCUUAACAUAAAACAAGUGGAGCCAGCACAAAAGCUUCAGCAGAAUGUAGAUGUGCUGCAAAUAGAAGUGCGAAAUAAGGAUGACGAGAAUUGUAGAUUGCCAGCAGAAGCUGCUAAUGCAGAAAAAAAGGUACCGGCUCUUGAGGUAACACAUAGCACUGAGCCAAAAACAGCCGAGGCCUCUGCAUCAACAAAAGCCUUGGCUGUUGUGGUGGCUGCUUCAGCAUCUCCACCCGUCACAAGCUCCAAGCCAGGGGCGGGGAUCGACAUCGAUCUGACCCCUCCCCGGCUUGUCGGCGACAGGGAGGCCAGCCCGCCCUUCCCUCCGGGAUUCGGGCCGGUGGCCCGAUUCAAGGACACAACUACCACCGCUCCGACAGCAACCUUGGCGGUGGUGGUUGCGAAGGAGGACGGCAACCCUGACCAGAGCAUCGCUGGUACUACUGAUGAUGCGGGUGGGCUCGACAUUGACACUGCCCCCAUGCCCCCUGCAGCAACAACAACCAAGACCAAGAGCAGCAUGCUGAAGGGCAAGCCAAGACCAAAGGAGCAGAGCAAGGCUGAUAAGGAAGGUACAGAGCUGGACUCGAUCCUAGGGAAGAGGAUGGAGCGCAACAGGCCAGAGUCUAAUGUAGGUCUAGGUGAAAAUGAGGAGAUGAACAGAGACAUGUAUAAGAAAAUGAGAGGGUCUGUUAGUGGAGAGGCUGAGAGCAACAUAGGUGUGUUAGGUGGUAAGGAAGCUACCGGUAUAGGGGCUACUGGGGAACUGAUGGGCGCAAAGGAUGACGCCCAUCAGGAGGAAUGACGAUACUUAGCUGGAACUGCCGCGGAUUGGGCCAGCCCGGGACAGUUCGUGAACUGGUGUGCCUAGUGUGCACUCAUGGCCCCUCUGAAACAUGGCAGAUGGAGGCUAGGCCUCAAGCAAUGUAUCACCCAUGAUGGGGGUAGGAAAGGGUGCUGGCAUCCCCCUAUUUUGUGACAAUAGCAUUGACGUAAAGUUGCUCUCAUAUGGUUCGAGGUAUAUUGAUGUUCAUAUCCGUGACGAUCCCCAUGGCCCUGGAUGGCGGGGCACCUUUGUGUCUGGCGAACCCAAGUCACAUGAGAGACAUCACAUGUGGAUUCUGCUCAAGAGAAUUAAACGAAACUCUACUGAACUGUGGAUGAUGAUCCGGGAUUUCAACGAGACUAUGUGGCAAGGGUUGCAUUUCUCUGCUGCAAAACGGUCUGAAACAUAUAACAGGGAAUUUCAGAAAGUGUCUAUCUUGGUGUAACCUGUACGUUCUCGGCUACCAAGGGCCGGGUUGGACGUAUGAAAAUAAACAAGCAGGGCGGGACAAGGUGCAUGCAAGGCUUGACAGAUGUGUGGCUACUCCGGAAUGGAAUGACGUGUUUCUGGACGCUCAUGUUCAGCAUGUUUUUUUUUUGAAUUGUUUGGAUUGCUUACCACAUGUUUCAUAUGGUCAUGUUCAGCAUGUUGUUAUCUCAAGAUCAGACCACUUUCCUCUCCUACCCUCAAAUGGGAGGGAACGCUCUCGAAAGAACACGGAUACCUCGUUCAGGUACGAAUUGAUGUGGGAAAGAGUGGGGUCACUGGGACCUGCAGUUCAGGCGAUAUGAGACGGCGAGGGUACGGCACAAAACCUGUCCAAGGUUGCACUAAAGUUGAAAAAGUUCAGAAGUCGUUGGCAGCUUGGCCUAAAAAAGAUUUCAGUUCAGUGUCAUGGAACAUAAAAAAGAAGAGACAGAAGCUUAGAAAACUUAUGCAGUCGCAGAGGUCCAGUGCUAACGAUGAGCAAAUUAAAAGGGUGUCCGGUGAGUUGGAUGAACUUCUGAUUCGGGAG